AUGAAGGAGCUAGAGACGGCGUUUGUGCGAGCGAGGGGCGACGCGCGGGGGGAUGCUCGAACGCAAGCGCAGGCAUCAUCGUCGGCAGCUGCAUCGUCGUCUUCGACGGCCGCACCGCACCAGCACGGCGUCCCGUCGCUGGCCCUCUCGGACGUCGUCGCUGCAGGGCGGGCCGCCCUCGCUGGGGCGGCGGCCGAAGUGCAGGCCAUGCGCCCCAGUGAGUUUGUCGUGACCGACGCCAUGCGCGAGCAGAGCGCGCGCAAUCUGUUCGACAGCGAGACGCUCGGGCUGCAGCGUGAGGCGUUCUACACUCAAAGGCAGCUCGCCAUGCACAGUCUGCGUGAUCGUGCCCAGGCGCGGAUUGACUACAACCAGGGGCUGGCAGAGGGGGCUGCGGGGAUGGCCGACAUGGGGGGCGGGGAUGACUCCUUCACGGCACUGGCGGAGGCGGCAAAUGCGCGUGCUAUGCAAGCGGAGGCGACCGUGGAACGUCUGAUUGACAGCGCGAGGCAGAUGCCUGCUGUCUGA